AUGGACUUUUGGUGCGGCUCGGAGGGUCGACAAACAAACACCAUCACUACAAUGGUCGCCCUCCCCCUCGCUGUCGGCUUCGCCGCCCUCGCUGCCCUCGGCGCGUCGCCCGCCGCCGCGCUCGCGUCCGACAACCACACCUGCGCCAUCCUCCCCCAGUACUACUCGUGCGAGGUGCCCACCAGCGAGGUGCACUACGACACGUGCUGCACGCCCGUGCAGGGUCUCGUGCUCGUCACCCAGUUCUGGGACACUUACACUGGCCUCGAGGCGCAGGGCUCCGUCCUCCCCAAGGACUCGUGGACCUGGCACGGCCUCUGGCCCGACCACUGCGACGGCACGUACGGCCAGUACUGUGACCUCAAGCGCCAGUACGACCCCACGCCUUCGCCCAAGACCGUGACCGGCCUCGCGAACGGCACCGUCGUUCCCCCCUGGACUGGCGGCGACGUCAUCUCGCCCCUGCUCGAGAAGUACGGCAAGUUUGACCUCCUCGCCUACAUCAACAAGUACUGGAAGUCGCAGGGCAGCCCCGACUGGACCUUCUGGCAGCACGAGUUCUCCAAGCACGCCACCUGCUUCUCCACCUACGACGUCGGAAACGACGGCACCAACGACUGCUACGGCCCCGAGUACGCCAACGCGACCGAGGCGUCCAUCAUCGAGUUUGUCGAGUCGGUCGCCCGCUCGCAGAACAAGUACCCCACCUGGCAGUGGCUCGCCGCGGCCAACAUCAAGCCGUCCAACCAGACCGGCUACGACCUCGCCACGCUCCAGGACACGCUCACCAAGGCCAGCGGCGCCGUGCCCUACCUCGGCUGCCAGGGCAAGACGCGCCAGCAGCUCUCGGAGGUCUGGUACUACUCGCACUCGCUCGGCCGCCCCCAGGACGUCAACUACAAGCCCAUCGACCAGGUCGGCAAGUCCAACUGCAACACCACCGCCCCCAUCUGGUACUACGAGCCCUCGGUCGGCUCGGUCGAGGGCAGCCAGCCCGGCCAGCCCGGCCAGGGCGGCAACGGUACUGCCCCCGGUGGCGGCCAGGGUGGCAACGGCAACAACACCUGCGGCUGGAGUAAUGUGUUCUGCGACAUGAUCUCAGCCGGUAGCGGCACCCUGGAGCUCGAGCUCACUGACCCUGCUAUCGAGUCGGCGGCCGUCAUUACACGGUUCAUCGCCAUCACCCGGAGCGGCAAAGUCGAUAUGGACACCUGGAGACUCAAGGGACUGGCUAACCUCGCCCUCUUCCUGAAGAAGUACGACUGCCCGGCGGCGAUCGAACUGCUUUUCGCACACGUCAAGAGCAGCCCGGCAGGCAUCAUCAAGACCUUCAUCCUCGGCGCGGUGCUGGACGAUCCCGAGCGGCGCCACUGGAAGACUGGCAGAAGUACGAGUCGCAACGUCACCUGCCUGACCCUCACCCUCUCCUGCCACCCAUCAUGCCACUGCAACAAGCCCGGCCGCCGCAAGAAGAGCGAGUUCAAGGACGCGCUCGCCAACACCAGAGCGAGCAAGGGCAGCAUCUUCAACACGGCCACGCUUCCCAUGGAGUGGGUCUCCCUCAUCCCGCUCGAGUAUCGCUGGGCCCUCGACCGUGCCUGGCUCGACAUUGGGGACAACGACAGCCUGCCCGUCAAGUUUGCCCUCCUCCUCCAGGACGCCAAGGCCAGCGACACAACAACACCUCAGCGUACCUUGUUCCUCGGCAUGGCCCCGAAGCGCACCAUCGCACCUUCCGACGGCGAUCAAGACAACACCAAGAAGCAGCGCGUGAUGCUCUACCACACCUGGCAGAGCGGCAACUUCACACUCGUGUCCUCCGACGAUGUCACCUUCCGCCUCGAUACCCACUAUCUCCAGAGUGCGAGCGCGUUCUUCCGCGACAUGCUCUCGGUGGCGAGUGGUCCGCAGACCGUGACCCUCACCGACCCCGAGACCGAGACCGCUGCGGUCGUGAACGCGUUCCUCACCCUCAUAACUACGAACACUGCCAACAGGAACGUCAUCACCAACGAGCUGGCACACACGGCCAACCUCGUCCGCUUCCUGCUCAAGUACGACUGCGGCCCAGUCCUCAACGUUCUCGCCCUGCACCUCCACCGCGUCGUACACUACGCUGGCCCCGAGAACGGCCUCCAGUGGUUCCUCAUUGGCGCCCUUAUGGAGGAUGUCGACCUGUGUAUCGCCGCCAUCGACGAGUGUACUUGCGACGUCCGAACGGCAUCAGGGGGCAUCCAGCGCCAGGUGCACCCCUCCUUCAACCCUCUCACCAUGUCCCACGAGGUCGCCUCCCAAAUUCCAUUCACGUACUACUGGGCUCUGUGUCUCAAUCCUCAAAACAUGUCUCACUUCUUCUUCGAGCUCAUACCCUACGACUAUCUCUGGGCUCUUGACCGGGCUUGGGGUGCCAAGCCUAAAGAACUGGACUACCUCUAUCUCCAGUUUGACAAGUUCAUCAAGGCCGCCAAAGCUUCCCGGAGUGCAAGCGGGAAGUCGACCGACAUAAGUUACUGA